UAACCUUGCCUUUAUGCGUUCACCUUUGAUUAUUAUAGAGGAAAUGGAACCGAAAGGUAACUCAAGAGUCAGGAGUUUCAGGACUGACAACCGCCGAACUAGAAGAACCCAACUGUCAAAUGGAUAGAAUCAAACAAGCAAAGCUUCGCCUACAAUCUCCUUUUGAUGACACCAAUUUUGCCCUUACUCGCAGCCCAUAUUAUCUAACGUCGUUCCAUUGAUCCAUUCCCUUUCCCGAUGCUACUUUCCCCACCACCCCUUUGCUACUGGACGAUCUCUGUCAUUUCAGGUUAAACUCUCAAAGCUUAGAAACAGAGAAAUGACAAGGCCUGAAAUCGAAGUGGAGGCAGAGGCCGAGGUCCAGGCCAAGCGAGCCAGGGUUCGACCCCCAACUCGAGCUCGAGCUCCAGCUCCAGCUCCAGCUCGAAGCAAGGUGCCGUUAAAGAGGUUAUUCCGGGUGGCCUCGGUGGCUGGCGGGAUUCAGUUCGGGUGGGCACUACAGCUCUCUCUCCUUACUCCAUACGUGCAGGAGCUUGGGAUCCCUCACGCGUGGGCUAGUCUCGUAUGGCUAUGUGGGCCGCUGUCCGGUUUACUGGUCCAGCCACUGGUCGGGCACAUGAGCGACCGCUGCACCAGCCGUUUCGGAAGACGGCGGCCUUUCAUCCUUGUCGGAGCCACCUCGAUUGUUGUCGCUGUUCUAAUUAUAGGGCAUGCCACCGACAUCGGUCGAAUACUCGGCGACACGGCGGAGUCCAAGCCGAGGGCUAUCGUGGCUUUUGUUUUGGGGUUUUGGUUGCUUGACGUCGCUAAUAAUAUGACUCAGGGACCUUGCAGAGCUCUCCUGGCCGAUCUCACUGGGAAGGAUCAGAGGAGGACUCGCAUAGCAAAUGCAUAUUUCUCUCUGUUCAUGGCUGUUGGCAACAUCCUUGGCUUUGCUACUGGAUCCUACGGUGGCUGGUUCAGCGUUUUUCCCUUCACAGUCACUUCUUCGUGCAGUGUUAACUGUGCCAAUCUUAAAUCUGCUUUUUUUAUUGCGAUUGCUUUUAUUGCCUUCACUACAUAUGUGAGCAUCUCAGCAGCCCAGGAACUGCCUCUAAGUUCUAGCAAUAGGUUUGCACACUCUGCUGAUGAAAGGCCAAAUGAGUCCCACCAUGACCAAGAAGCUUUUCUUUGGGAAAUGUUUGGUACUUUUAGGUACCUUACAGGACCAAUUUGGAUAAUUCUGAUCGUUACUGCUCUCACAUGGAUUGGAUGGUUUCCAUUUCUUCUCUUUGAUACUGACUGGAUGGGCAGAGAGAUAUACAGAGGGAAGCCAGGUGAAGGGAAUAAUUAUCAUAUUGGAGUAACAAUGGGUUCGUUUGGCCUUAUGUUGAAUUCUGUUGUUCUGGGAUUGACUUCUGUUGUCAUGGAGAAACUCUGCAAGAAGUGGGGUGCUGGCCUUGUCUGGGGGAUUUCAAACAUUCUCAUGUCCUUGUGCUUUGUAACAAUGCUCAUUAUUUCUCUUUUGGCGGCCAAUAUGGAGUUCACCAGAGAUGAUUUUCCACCUGAUGGCAUUAUAAUUGCUGCACUUGUUGUUUUUACAGUUCUUGGUGCUCCAUUAGCAGUUACAUACAGUGUUCCUUAUGCUAUGAUUGCCACACGUAUAGAGUCUUUGGGACUUGGCCAAGGCUUAUCAAUGGGUGUUCUGAAUUUAGCCAUUGUGAUCCCACAGGUAGUAGUAUCCCUGGGAAGUGGGCCAUUAGAUCAGCUAUUUGGUGGUGGGAACUCACCAUCCUUUGCUGUGGCAGCGGUUGCAGCUUUUUCCAGUGGACUUAUAGCCAUAUUGGCUCUUCCUCGAUCUCGUGGUCAAAAGCCUAGGCCCAUGGUAUAAGGUAUUGUUUAGUAUUCUUUACUUCGAAAUUUCUAUUCUAAUCAACAUGAUUAGCAGAACAGUACCGAUACUGGAAAAAUUUGUAAAAUAGUUAUUAUUUCAUAUACUGAUGAAUAAAGUAAUUCAUUAUCUGGA